CUGGCUGUCACAGGACAGUGGCUCAGCCCUGCUACCAGGAGUCCUGCCAAGCCUCAGCUUCUCCAGCUGGAUGGGAAUCUUCACUUCAACUGGGUUGCCACAAGGGUCACUAGGAGGGCCCCUCCAUGGGACCACGGCUGUGGCCAUGCUGCUGUUCCUCCACUCUGCCCUGCUCCCUUCCUGCUCCCCUAGCUGGGCCCAGAAGAACUGGGGAGCAGCAUCUAGGGAGACUCUGUAGGCCCUGCAAGCCCCCAGUCCCACCCCCAGCUCUGACUCCUACAGCUGUAUCUUUAGUGAGAGGGAUUUAUCAGGUCCAUGGCAUGGGCUCCAGGAUCCUCACUUCUCCUUCCCAGGGCCUCAGCCUGAACUUGGUGCCCUCCAAGGGGGCAGGGCUUCAGCACUAAUCCCAAGGAGAGGCUAGCGUUCAUCUGGAAAAACAGAACUUCCCUCCUGACCCCCCACUGAAUGGGAGGACGCCAAAGUUGUCAGUGUAGUUAUCUGGGGAGAAAGAGUUCCAGUAGAGGCCAGAGUGGGCCAGCCUGGAUGAAAGGAGUUGAGGCUGGAAUAGAGGAGAAAAUGAAAAUGCAUUGUUUUUUUCCCCGUAAGGCAGACAUGGCCAUCUUCCUUCAGGAUGCUAGGUGGGGAACUCUGGCCCCAUGACUUGGAGGGCUGGGGUGACGGUUAGAGCAGUCAUCAGGAAGGGGGAGCUCAGAGUACCCCAGGACCUAAGGAGUUAAUGGAGGCGGCGAGCCCCCCAGCGCCCCUGUGAUUGGUGCGGGCAUGCUGGGACUUGCAGGCUGGCUGACCAGCGUGUGGCGCACAGGCUCCUGGGAAACGUAGUCACUAGCCGGCCAGGGCCGCGGUGUCCUACGUCCUCAGCGGUGACAGCUCAGGAGGGCGUGUCUGCUCAGCAGGGACCAGCAUGGACCAGUCUGUGGCUAUCCAGGAGACCCUGGCUGAGGGGGAAUAUUGCAUCAUCGCAGUUCAAGGUGUGCUGUGUGAGGGAGACAGCAGGCAGAGCCGUCUCCUGGGACUCGUGCGCCACCGCCUGAAACAUGGUGGCCAGGAACAUGCUCUCUUCCUGUACACGCACCGGAGGAUGGCCAUUACCGGGGACGAUGUCUCUUUGGACCAGAUAGUGCCGGUCUCACGGGAUUUCACGCUGGAAGAAGUGUCCCUGGAUGGUGAACUCUACAUUCUUGGCUCAGAUGUGACUGUCCAGCUGGACACCGCGGAGCUCAGCCUCGUAUUCCAGCUACCUUUUGGUUCACACACCAGGAUGUUCCUCCAAGAAGUUGCCAGCGCCUGUCCAGGUUUCGACUCGGCGACCCCGGAUCCUGAAUUCCUGUGGCUGUCUGUAUACAGGUGCACCCGGCUGGAGCCCGAUCCGCCCACGCCGCUUGGUUGGAACUCUGCCCCGGGCCCCCGGCCGCCAUGCGCCGGAAUUGGCGGAGGCAGGUAUCCGUCUCGAAAGGGGUGGUGGAGAUUGGAGGAAGUGCGGCUGCGGGGGCGGUCUCACUACUGUUGGGGGGGUGGGGCUAUGGAGAGUAUCGGCCUUCGAUUGGUGGAGGUGGCACGCGGGGGCGGGCCCUUCUGGGGGCGGAGCGGGCAGCGCGGGGGGCGGUGCGAGCGGCGUGAUGAAGAGCUUGAAGAAACUGGCUGGGAAAUGUCCGCCGCCUCCGGCUCUCGGGAGUGCGACUCUGCAGGUGUUUUUGACUUUGAUGAUUCAAGGUCAGAUGGGAAAGGCAUGCUUGUGGACCAAAGCUCUUGGAGUCAGGAUACAGCAGACAACUUGCUCACAAGACAGAAUAAAUCCAAGUCUGACAUCAUUAACAUGGUUCGCUCCUCCACUAUCACAGUAUCAGACAAGGCUCAUAUUUUAUCAAUUCAGAAGUUCGGACUGCGAGAUACAAUAGUGAAAUCACAUCUGGUGCAGAGAGAAGAGGAUUAUACCUAUAUCCAGAACUUCAGGUUUUUUGUAGGAACGUACAAUGUGAAUGGCCAGUCCCCCAAAGAAUGCCUCCGGCCCUGGCUAAGCCAUGGCAUUGAGGCCCCAGAUGUGUACUGUGUAGGGUUCCAGGAGCUUGACCUGAGUAAGGAGGCCUUUUUCUUCCAUGAUACCCCAAAGGAAGAAGAGUGGUUUAAAGCUGUAUCAGAAGGUCUUCAUCCAGAUGCCAAAUACGCAAAGGUGAAGCUCAUCCGACUGGUCGGGAUUAUGCUGCUGUUGUACGUCAAACAGGAACACGCGGCGCACAUCUCCGAGGUGGAAGCUGAGACCGUGGGGACAGGAAUCAUGGGGAGGAUGGGCAACAAGGGAGGAGUGGCCAUCAGGUUCCAGCUCCACAACACCAGCAUCUGUGUCGUGAACUCUCACCUGGCAGCCCACACAGAAGAGUGUGAGAGGAGGAACCAGGACUAUAAAGACAUCUGUUCUCGAAUGCAGUUUUGUCAGGCUGAUCCAAGCCUUCCCCCUCUCACCAUCAGCAAGCACGAUGUGAUCUUGUGGCUGGGGGACCUCAACUACAGGAUAGAAGAGCUGGAUGUGGAAACGGUGAAAAAGCUCAUCGAGGAGAAGGCCUUCCAGACGCUGUAUGCGUAUGAUCAGCUGAAAACUCAGGUCACGGCCAAGACUGUCUUCGAAGACUUCACUGAAGGCGAGCUCACGUUCCAGCCCACGUAUAAGUAUGAUACUGGCUCCGACGACUGGGACACCAGUGAGAAGUGUCGUGCUCCUGCCUGGUGUGACCGGGUCCUCUGGAAAGGGAAGAACAUCACUCAGCUGAGUUACCAGAGCCACAUGGCCCUGAAGACCAGUGACCACAAGCCUGUCAGCUCAGUGUUUGACAUUGGGGUGAAGGUGGUCAAUGAAGAACGUUACCGGAAGACUCUGGAGGAGAUUGUUCGCUCCCUGGAUAAGAUGGAAAAUGCCAACAUUCCUUCUGUGUUCCUUUCUAAGCGAGAGUUCUGUUUUCAGAAUGUGAAGUACAUGCAGUUACAAGUACAGUCCUUUAUAAUCCAUAAUGGACAAGUGCCGUGUCAGUUUGAGUUCAUCAACAAGCCUGACGAAGAGUCCUACUGUAAGCAGUGGCUGAAUGCCAACCCCAGCAGAGGCUUCCUCCUGCCAGAUUCUGCCAUUGAGAUCGAACUGGAGCUAUUUGUAAAUAAGACCACGGCUACAAAGCUCAACUCAGGUGAAGACAAAAUUGAAGACAUUCUGGUUUUGCACUUGGACAGGGGAAAGGAUUACUUUUUGUCAGUGACAGGGAACUACCUGCCCAGCUGUUUUGGAUCUCCCAUUCAUACACUGUGCUACAUGAGGGAGCCAAUCUUGGACCUGCCGCUUGAAACUAUUAGAGAGCUGACUCUGAUGCCACUACAGACUGAAGAUGAUGGGAUCCAGUUGGAGAACCCCAUGGGGAUCCCCAAAGAGCUCUGGAUGAUGGUUGAUUACCUGUACCAAAAUGCUAUCCAGCAGGAAGAUCUGUUUCAGCAGCCAGGCCUGAGGUCAGAAUUUGAGCAUAUCAGGGACUGUUUGGAUACUGGAAUGAUUGAUGCUCUCUCCGCCAACAAUCAUUCUGUGGCUGAAGCCCUGCUGCUUUUCCUGGAGAGCCUGCCAGAGCCUGUCAUCUGCUACAGCGCCUACCAUAACUGCUUGGAGUGUUCUGGCAGCUACACAGCAAGUAAACAGGUCAUUUCUACCCUCCCCACAUUCCACCAAAAUGUCUUCAACUACUUGAUGGCGUUUUUGCGAGAAUUACUGAAAAAAUCAGCAAAAAAUCAUUUGGAUGAGAAUAUUCUGGCUAGCAUAUUUGGCAGCUUACUGCUUCGAAACCCAGCUGGUCACCAAAAGCUUGACAUGGCAGAGAAGAAGAAGGCUCAAGAAUUUAUUCACCAGUUCCUCUGCAACUCACCCUGAGCCUAUCUCCUCUCCUAUUUUAUUUGAGGCAGCCAAUUACCAGCCCCACCUGUUUCAGAUCAAGAAGAUAUGAGGGUUCUUGGAAGCAAAAGCGGCAGCUGCCUGUUUUCCUGAGCCCAGACCCCCCCACCCCCCCGUGGCUGUCACACUCAUUGGUACUGUGAGUUGUGAAGACCUGGGGGAAUCCACCACAAUAAAACUGACAGUCAGUGUUCAGCUUUAGUUAUUUAACACAGAUCUAUUUUUAAAAAUUUUAAAGAUGUUUAAAUAACUGUACUUCUUGUGCUCACUCAGCCAGCCCGCCUCCAGGGCAUUGUCAGUGCCUUCCCUGUAGCCUGGGCCGAGCUCCCCAUGAUCAGAUAUUUGAACAAACUUUGGGGUCCUGAAGGGAGAAUGAAUUGGACAGCAAGAAUGCAAAUGGGAUCUGCUGGGUAAACAGGUCACAGCCACCCCAGAUGCUUCCAGUUCUCUAAGCGCAUGUGUAUAUGUAUAUACAAAGCCUACCCCCCUUCCUACUCAGAUGUGGCUCAACAGCUCUGGGGCUGGCACUCAGCCUCUGAGGGCAAUACAGUGGCUUGAAAAUGAAAAUACUGAAGAAAUUGGUGUUGUGGUGAAACAAAUGGGAUUUUCUGGGUCAGCAAAUCCUCUAAACUGUAUAUGAUGCAUCCCCUUUCUCAUGUGUAAUAUAUUUUAAUGAUAAAUGUAUUUUUAACAGUG